AUGGAGGAACUGAAUUCGAUCUCAUUUGAACGAUUGCAAUGUGUAUCGGACUAUUGUAAGCUUAUGGUUCAACUGGAAAGCUAUUUGACCUCAGCAAGAAGUGAUAUUUCGAAAGCAAGAACUCUCCAAGGAGUCGCUCUAUCCUCUACAUUCAAUAUAGAUGUACAAUCUCCUGAACCGAGCGUGAGGGUUACGUUUAACGAAGGCAAGUUCUCAAUCACAGACGGUUCGGACGCAAAAAAGGAAGACGCAAGUGGAUCAGAGGUCCGCAAGCGUAAAGAGGAUGAACCUUCAAAAAAGGAAGAGGAAACUGAAAAACCAAAAAAGCAGAUUCCAAAUUUUCGACCUUUCGGAAUCUUCGAACCGUUGUGUGUGAAGGAAGCUCGGAAGACGAUGCACUCAGCCAUUGAGAUUGUCUGCGAACUUGCAACACUGCAAUGUGAAAUCAAACGACUCGAUUCAAAGACACUCUCAAUCAAAAAAUCGUUGAAUCUCGAUCAAGAACUAUGCCAAAAGCUAGAGCGUGUGUUGAAAGUAUGA